UCGCUGAAAAAAAACAUGCAAAACUGCAGGUCGUCAAAUUUAUGAUUUUUAGGCGUAAAAUUGGUGAGCAAAUAACAAAAAUUUAAAGAGAAAGGUUUUCCUAAGUUUUGUCUACAGUUUUCAGCCACUGGGAAUUUUUGAGGAGGCUUAAAACAGCUGAACUGUCACAGGCAAGGCCUGCUUGGAAGCGCAGUGCAGGAUGGGAGUUCAUGACCUGUGGAAGCUGCUGGAGCCGACAGGACGUCCUGUAAGGAUGGACAGUCUGGAGGGGAAGGUCCUCGCUGUCGAUGUGAGUAUCUGGUUGAACCAGGCAGUUCUGGGCAGCUGGAAUCCUCGAGGCGGGAACCAGAACCCACACCUCAAGGUCCUCUUCAACCGGAUCUGCAAGCUGCUCUUCUACCGGAUCAAACCGGUCUUUGUCUUCGACGGACGCAUGCCAGAACUCAAGAGGAAGACUCUCGCUGCUCGUAGGAAGAGGAAGGAAGCAGCAGAGAAGGAGACCAGGAAGGUGGCAAACAAGGUCCUGCAGAACUACCUGAAAGUGCAGGCACUCAGGGCCGUGCGUGGGGAGACUGCCGCAGGGUCGGCAGGACCUGUCCCCACUCCGCAGCUCAACAAGCCUGGAGACCCGGACUUGUUUGAGUUACCUCCACUGCCAGAACAACAGGGAAGCAGUACGGAGGCAGAUGUGGACUUAUGGGAGGAACGACAGGCUAGACAAGAGAUUGUUCAGACCGAAUUCCAAGACAUCACCAAUGUAGAUGUGGAGUCUGAGGACUUCAAGGCCCUCCCUCCUGACAUCCAGCAUGAGAUCAUUGUGGACCUACAGGAGAUGAGGAAGAGACAUUUGUUCACUCUCACCAGGCAUGUUCCAGAGGAGGCUGACAGCUUUUCGAACAUGCAGCUGUCCAACCUGCUAUCCCGGAGCAAGCUGUCUCAGCGGCUGGGCGAAGUGCGCAAGGACAUGAACCUGCAAGCCUCGGGUGCAGUUACCCAGUACCUCCAACAGGGGGCGUCGGUGGAAUCCCGCAGGGUGGUGUCAGAAGACACUGCUCACUACUUGUUGGUGAAAGGAGUCGGAAAGCAGGAAAGAGAGGAGAGGGAAAGGAAAGAUAGGGAAGAAAGAGAAAGGAAUGAGAAGCAAAUGAGAGAGCCUGAUCUGGUUGUUUUAGAAGAGCGACGUGGGGAAACGAGCGCUGAUUCCACCGAUGAUGUGAUGUUUGUAGAGGAGAGGGCAGCUCCCGGGCCGUGGAGAAAUGAACGCAGGGUCGUGUCGGUGGACCUGACCGGCGCACCCGUGGAUUUAACCUCGGAUUCUGACGAGGAAGUCACACCUGGAGGAGUGGAGCAUCCGUCUGAAAACAUACCGAAGUCUAGAGAAGACAAGAAGUCUCAGGAAAUUACAGAUUCUUUGCAAGGCAGCCACAAGGCUGAUUUAGAUAUCAAUAAAACUAUGAAGAAGGAUGUAAGAACAGUCAGUGAUCCUAAUGUUUCCUCCACUACAGACAACGUCACAGCUAGAGAACAAUCCUCAACAAGUGCCUCUCCUUCUGGAAAAAGGACAUUUCAAGAAGCAGAGCUCCCAGAAGCUGAUACAAAAAGGCAAAAGCUUGAGACAGACUCAAAGACCGAGGAAGACAUCACUGACAAGUGCACUACAGAUGCUAUAGAAGUGUCAGAGGCAUUGCAUGAAGAAAAAGGAGCUGUAGCAUCACAAGACAGAUCUCAUGAUCACGACAAGAAACUCCACUCUACUGCACCAGAAAGUCAGAGAGUUGUAGAAGAUGUUGAGAAGCAAGUGGAAAGAAAUGCAGACAAACCAGUUGAAUCUCAAAGCAGGAAAGGAGAUUCGACAAACAAGCUCAGCGACGCAGGAAAAAAGGACUCACCAGAAACUAUCAGUAUUACAACAGAUAGCAGAUUACCACAGAAAAGGGACAUACCAGUUAUAACGUUACCAGAGCCAGGACAAAUCAGAAGGCCUACUAGACCAGAACUGCAGCCACCUAUGGCUACCAUCAACAUUGUAGACUCAGAUGAAGAGGAGGAUUUUGUGGAGGUUACUGUGGAUCCCAGUAAGCCUGGGGUUGAGGAUGAACUGUUCCCUGCUAGUGUGUUCCAGACAGCUGAGUCUCAGAGGAAACAAACUCGUAAAGAUGACUCCAACUCUGUUCCUUCUUUGAAGGCAAACUUCGAUCUUCUCAUAUCUGAACAGGGCAUGAGAGCGGUUGACCGUGUGGACAGGAAGGAUGUCCUCCCAGACCCAGGACUGUUUGCAGAGAGUUUGAGCAGCAGUAGGUCUGGGAGCCAGGCUAACAGUCAAGCCUCCACACCCAGUACCAGCAGGCCUCAGUCACCCACUCAGGAACAGCCCGCUGCAUGGGAAGGUUUGAACCCCGGUAACCUGGCAGAGGUAGAGCAGGAGCUGCAGACAGAGAGGAAAACUCUGCAGGCACAGCAGGCCAAGCAGGAGAAACUGGCUGCCUCCAUCACUGAGCAGAUGUAUGUAGAGAGCCAGGAGUUACUGCGCCUGUUUGGGAUCCCGUAUGUCCAGAGUCCGACAGAAGCGGAGGCGCAGUGCGCCUUCCUCGACCAAUCAAAACAGACGGAGGGUACCAUCACCGAUGACAGUGAUGUCUGGUUGUUUGGAGGACGGCAGGUCUACAAAAACUUCUUCAGCCAACAGCGAGACAUGGAGGUUUACAAUUGCAAGGAUGUUGUUUCACAGUUAGCAAUGGACCGGUCCAGGCUGAUAAACUUUGCCCUGCUGACUGGAAGCGACUACACGGAGGGGAUCCAGGGGGUGGGCAAGGUGCUGGCCAUGGAGGUGCUACAGGAGUUCCCAGGGGAGGGCAUCGCUGCUUUACAGGCUUUCAGGGCAUGGUGGGACGACGCACAAAAGCAGGAGAAGAUCCCACAGGAGACUCCGAUCAAGGCGAAGCUGCGUAAACUGGAGCUGUCACCGGGCUUUCCCAACAUCACCGUGGUGGAGGCAUACCUCUCACCCACCGUGGAUCAGUCCAAGGAACCGUUUGCAUGGGGGGCGCCAGACGUCCCGUCCCUCCGACAGUUUGCCAUGCAGAGGUUCGGCUGGACCACCACUAAAACUGAUGAAGUGCUGCUUCCUGUUAUGAAGGGACUCAAGAAGAUAGAGGAUGGGAGUCAAAGCAAGAUCACUUCGUUCUUCCCCAUGGAAGUGGAAGAAGAGAAGAGGAAAAUCAAGAGCAAGCGUAUCAGGAGGGUCGUCAACAAUUUCCACCGGAAGGAGGGAGAAGAAGAAGACGCAGAAGAGGAGUCAAAAUCUGCCCGAGGAAGCCCAGUGGCUGCUGGGAAGGGUGCCCGGGGAAAGGGUAAAGGGCGGGGAAAGGGUAAGGGUAAGGGUAAAGCAGCAAAGAGCACUACUAAGACUGCUGUAGUGCAAAAUGCUGAUCUGUCAGAGGGAACUUCCUCAGAGGAGGAGUUAGAGACCAGUGGGGGGUUUGUGUCAGAGGUCGUGCCUAAAGGUCAGAGUUCACAGAAAAGGUCAUUGUCCAAUGGGAAGGAAGGUCAGGUCGAAGGUCAGGAGAGUGAGGGUGACAGUGAAUCAGGGGAAACAAGGAAAAGUCUGGAUAGUAAAGUGAAGAGGGGUGGGAAAAGAGGAGCCAAGAGAAGAGUGUAGUUUGG